UGAUGCCGGGGAUUAGUUCCAAUGGUUUUCUCUUAUUGAUUGGACUUGCCCACUGCUUGCUUGACUGAAGGCAUGCGAUUCUUCCUCACAUGACCCACCACGAGACUCCUGCAGAGGCGCGCCAGCCACCGCAAUGGCGCAUCCACCGCCGCUUCUCUCUUCUCCACCGACCUCCGUCGCUUUGAUCCAGGCCGAGCAUCCGCAACGCCGCUACUCUGUCCUCGACCAAGCUCCGUCGCUCCGCUCGACACCGGGCAUCUCCGCAGCGACGCUCCACGGCGAGAUUGGUCGCCGCCCCCUCCGUGAAAUUCAAGGUCGGCGGCGUCGAUGCCAACCACCGCGACGGGGAAUGCGGAACUGCGGCGGCUGGGCCGACGCCUCCCCUCGCCCCUCUCUCUCCGGCGGCUCCCACCGCACCGGAGGCGGCGGCGCGCCAGGACUAGUGGGCCAAGCGGAGGCCUUUCCAGCACCAGGCCCAAUGCUGCUAGGGGCUUCUUAAGUCAUGCCUUGGGCGUACCGGACAGGCCCAGGCCCAGGCCCAAUGCUGCGAACUCGAGGUUGCCUACCGCCUCCUUUCAAAGGCGAAAGCUCGCGGGCGUCAUAUAUACAGCCUCCGCCUCACCGUCCUCUUCCUCGCCCUCUUCUUCACCCUUCCCGGAGCGAGAAGCUUGCGCGGGCAUCAUAUACAGCCCCCUUCCUCGGUGUGCUGAACCCUUCCUGGAGUGGAGAAAGACCAGGAAACAGAAAAUGGCUUGGAUGUCUGACCAGCCUUGCCGCUCCUACAUCAUUGAUGGAUCUUGCAAGUAUGGUUCAGACUGUUUGUUCUCUCAUGGACUUGACUUAUUUGGGAGGAUAGAGAUGCAAAUCAGGGCACUUCUGCAUGUGCCGGAUGUAUAUCAAGUUCCAGUAGAGCACUUGCCAUGGAGUCGCCCUGAGUUGGGCAUAAUGCUUCGGCAAGUGGGAUGGGAUGGGACUCUUGGUCACCUAAUGAGUUUGCUCGAGCGUCUUCAUACUAUUUGUGUGGUUUAUAACAGCUAUGGAUAUUAUGCAAUCCUGUUGGAGAAUGUUUCACACUACCUGGGUUACUUACCUUACAAUCCAAAUGUGAUGGAUGCUGAUAGUGAAGCUCACCAGAUUUAUAUUAACUUCUCUGCUCAAAGUAUAGAAAUAUGCACUGAAGAAAAUGUUCGUAUCUAUUUCAGCCAUUAUGGGGAAGUCUUGUCUGUAUAUAUUCCGCAUGAAAUGGCAUAUGGUUUUGUGAGAUUCCGGUACCCUGAGACAGUGAGGCUGCUUUUAUCAAACUGGAAUCCUCAGGUCCCUCACUUCAUCUUCGGAGCAGGGCUUUACGUGGGCCCCUAUAUCUCCUACAAUCGGAGGUACCCUGCUGUGAAUCAUGGGCUGAAUGAUCCGGAUGGAGGGCUAGAACAUAUGCCAAAUGCCGCGGGUGGAGUGGCAGGACAAGUGCCAGGUGUGCCGGAUGGAAACGCGGCACAACAAGAUAUGAACCCUGCUGGGAAUCAUGGGCCGAAUGUCCCGGAUGCAGGGCCUGGACAUGUGCCAAAUGCCCUGGGUGUACUGCCGGAUGAAGUGCUAGGUGUGCCGGUGGGAGACGCAGCACAACCAGAUAUGAACCCUGCUGGGAAUGGAGUGGCAGGACAAGUGCCAGUUGUUCCGGAUGGAGGCGCAGCACAAGAAGAUAUGGACGAGAUUGCUGCCGCUCUUCCAGAUGUCGACUGUUUCUACCAGGCAACCUGACCUGACCUGACCAGAGAGCGGAAGUGGAUUGGAACGACGCUCCUCAUCCAGAUGUUGUUGAUUCCCAUUGGAUACAUACACUCCAGAUAUACACUGUAGAUUAGAUGAGUAUACUUCAGACGCAGCAAACUUGAGUACACUAUACUGAAGCGCUUCUAUGGUUUCCUCUUGCAACUUGAGUACACUGUAGAUAGAUCAUAUAAAGAAAAAGGAAGUUUUUGUACAUUGAAGCGCUUUCCUUGGUUGAGUAGGUUUGGGGUCAAUCCCCCUGCUGUUAUGACCUGCUGAUGCAUGAUCUAAGAAUCCUUGUAGUUCUACUCUACACACUGAGUUUUUUUUUUUUGGUAGUUAAUAGCAAAACAGAAACAGUUUGUGUUUGCAUAUGACACUGAGACCUGUGCGUCUCUUUCGGAGAGAGUAAGGCUGCGCUUGGAUUGGGUGUAAAAUAAUACGGAGGUGUUUUCUUUA